UAAGCUGCAGCAAAAGCUUGCUACUACGCAGCUCAGUUUAUCAAGCUGCGGGUUCUUUUGGGUAUCAGACCAGAACGAGAAUUGUUCAGUUGAGAGAACCUUAUCAGCUGCUUUUAACGCAUCGAUUCGCCGCUUUGAGAGGGUGUUUUUCCCUUCUUCCAAUCCGUGAUUCGAUACCCAAGCACGAUAGACGCAGAUAAACAUAGAGAAAGAGGACAACAAUGGCGGCAUUCUCCUUCCUCUCGGCACUUUCUGUCGUAACCGCGCCUUCUCAGCCUGAUUUUCCGUCUGGCAAAUUUGGAAGAACAAAUGGCAGAAUCAGGUGUCAUUACGAAAUGGAGGAAUCUGAAGCCAAUAUGAGAGUUCAGGAGAAGCAGCUUAAUCGGCGGGACGUUCUCAGAUGCUUCAGCACCGUCGUUGGCCUGGAAAUGCUAGCAGGUUCCGGAUCACUAACACAUACUGCCAUUGCUGCUGAUCUCAUCCAACGAAGACAGCGAUCUGAAUUCCAGGCAAAUAUCAAAGAAACCCUUUUUGAUGCAAUAAAGGGACACCUUGAGCUCAUACCAUCCAUACUAAGACUAGCGCUCAAUGAUGCAUUAACUUUUGACAAGGCUACGAAAACAGGUGGGCCAAAUGGUUCUAUUCGAUUGAGCCAGGAGAUUAGCAGGCCAGAGAAUACUGGGCUCACUUCUGCUUUAGAUCUGAUAGUGAAAGCAAAAGAAGAAAUUGAUUCCUACUCUAAAGGAGGUCCCAUUUCAUAUUCUGAUCUCAUCCAAUUUGCAGCUCAAGCUGCUGUUAAAAAAACAUUUCUUUCUUCUGCAAUUCGCAAGUGUGGUGGGAAUGAGGAGAAGGGACGCUUGCUAUACACUGCAUAUGGUUCCAAUGGCCAGUGGGGCUUAUUUGACAGGCAAUUUGGCAGAACAGACUCUAAAGAUCCUGACCCGGAAGGCAGGAUUCCUCAGUGGGACAAAGCGUCUGUUCAGGAAAUGAAAAGAAAAUUCUCUAGCAUUGGCUUUGGACCACGUCAGUUGGCCGUGAUGUCUGCAUUUCUUGGUUCAGACCAACUGGCAGUAGAGAAUAUGCUUGCAACUGAUUCAGAUGUGCGACCUUGGGUUGAGAAGUACCAGCGCAGUCGAGAAACUGUUUCUCAAACUGACUAUGAGGUUGAUCUCAUAACAACUCUUACAAAAUUAAGCUCCCUAGGUCAGCAAAUAAACUACGAAGCCUACACAUAUCCAGUUCAAAAGAUCCAGUUGAGUAAACUCAAAUUAUGAGAAGCUCGUGACACAGUUGAAGUUUUAUUUAUUUAUUUUUUCUUUUUCCUUUUCUGUGCUCAAAAUUUUGAGCUAUCCGUUCUAUUUCUAUCUACCAGUGAAUUAACUGAAGUGCUCUUAUCUUUAUUAUGCUUGUUUUAUCAACUAAUGCAAUCAUUCUUGUUAUUGUCAUCUUUAUCUUGUGAAAGAAGUAUAGUUCCGGUUGUUAUUGUCA